AUGACAGGGAUCACUGUCUUCCCCGGAGAAAUCUCUGCAUUCACAGAGGCCAUUGCUGUGCUCUCUGGGUUUAUCGUUAUCUUUGGGUUUGUCUCUAUGUUCGUCAAAGAGAAACUAUUCAUUUCCGAAGCCUUUGUUGCCGUCGUCGUUGGUAUCAUCGCUGGUCCAUUAGUGGCCAACGGAAUCAACCCAUAUUCUUGGAAUGAUACAGAUGAGAUAACGAAGCAACUCACUCGCUGUGUGAUUGCCAUUCAGGUCAUGGCUUCUGGAAUCGAAUUACCAAAACAUUAUCUUAAGAAAGAAUGGCUCACCAUGCUUCUAUUACUGGGGCCCGUCAUGGUCUACAUGUGGCUCAUGAGCGGUUUGUUCAUCUGGUGGCUGAUACCACCGCUCAACUACCUUGAAUCAUUGGCCAUAGCCGCCUGCGUUACCCCGACCGAUCCUAUUCUAGCAAAUUCCGUAGUGAAGGGCCGCUUUGCUGAGAAGCAUGUCCCUGCUCAUAUCCGAAAUGCGCUAUCCGCCGAGAGCGGUGCUAAUGACGGCAUGGGAUUUCCUUUCCUCUUUCUAGCAGUCUAUCUAUUGAGUGAAGAUAGUGUAGGCGAAGCUAUUGGCAAAUGGUUCUAUCUCACUUGGUUAUUCCAAAUUCUUCUGUCGUGUGUCAUUGGUCUUGUUGUGGGCUAUGUUGCUAGAAAAAUUUUACAAUGGUCGGAGAGACAUCAUUACAUUGACAAGCCCUCAUUUCUAUGCUUUGCAAUCGCCUUGGCCUUGUUCUUGAUGAGCAUGACAGGCUUUACAGGAAGUGAUGACUUGCUAGCCUGUUUUGUAGCUGGUAACGCAUUUUCAUGGGAUGACUGGUUCCGUCAAGAAACCGAGGAGGCACAUUUCCAAGAUGUCAUUGAUAUGAUGCUUAAUUUAGCAGUCUUUGUAUAUAUAGGCUGCAUCAUUCCUUGGUCGUCAUUCUCGAUGCCUGAAUUAGGUGUGGAACCGUGGCGAUUAGUCGUCAUUGCUAUAUUGAUCUUAUUGUUCAGACGACUGCCUAUUGUUCUGUUGCUCAAGCCCGUAUUGCCCGCACUCAAGACCUACCGUGAAGCUUUCUUUGCUGGAUGGUUUGGUCCCAUGGGCGUUGGAGCUGUUUUCUUGUCCAUCUUGGCUAAGGAAGAACUUGAA